AUGACAGGAAGGUUCUUGGUCCGUGGCCAACCUCUGAAUCUCGGAUUCUCCUGUCCAGGCUUGGGCAACCUGGCAGUAUCCCAGCCGUCGUGCUUCCUUCGGUACGUUUCUCCAGACCUUGUUCCAGUGUACAAGGAAAAAAUACUUCCUCUGGCUGAUGUCAUUCUGCCCAAUCAGUUCGAAGCAGAGCUACUUACUGGAUGCCCGAUUACCGAUGAGGCAUCGGCGUUAGAGUGUAUUCGACAACUUCACUCGAAGUAUCAUGUUCCAACUGUGAUACUCACCAGCUCCAGCAUCCGCUACUCUUCAAACGAGCAUCCCGAUGCGAAAGACCGUAUGCUAGGAUAUGCCAGUCGAUGCAUCAACUCGGGACCACAUACAGGAGACUUGAACUCAGUGAGGCCGACCGAUUCAGAAUCAAUAUUAAACGGCCGUGAUACCUACGAACAAUUACGCUUGGUCAUCCCGGUACUUGACUGUGAAUUCCGUGGAACUGGCGAUCUAUUUUCAGCACUAACACUGGCAAGAAUUGAGUGUGGCCUGAAAUCUCAGUUGAAAUCUUCGUUUGCGAAUACAUUUGAACUUGUUCUACGUAGCAUGCAAGCUGUACUCCGGAGAACUUUGGAUGAGUCCAAGAACCCAAAAGGUAUGACACGUCCGGAUAGCCCUAACUGGGCUGCACGUGAACUGAAAUUGGUCCAAUCCAUUGACGACAUUCGGAAUCCCCCAGCCAAUGGACAGUAUGUGGAGAGAAUCCCAUCAAUGUGAUCCACACCCUGUUUGACACUGUGUCUACCCAUCCGAUGCUCUGUCUACCCAAUCCCAUAUUGUACCGAUGGGAGUCUUAUGUGUUCAGUUGCAAAUCACAUGAUUCUGCUAAAAUACCGCUUGGUCCAACUGGUUUAAGGUUUGCCUAAAGUUCGUACCUGUCAGUGCUUUGGACUUUCAACAGCAUGGACA